AUGGCGGCAAACAACUCGAUAGUUGCUGAUGCAGUGCUGGAAGAUAAAUUAGCUGAUUUAUGGCCCGACGACGUUCGGUGUCCAGAAUUUAAGAAUCGGGAGUUACGAGAUAAAGCGUUUCAAGAACUGGCCGAAAAACUUGGAACAACAUGUAAGAUAAUUCAAAAUUUUAUUAGUGUAAAAAAUACCAAUAUUUGGGGCCGUUUUGACCGGACAGCAAUUCAAUUAUUCAUUCUAGGUGAGUGGGCAAAGCUAAAAUCAGGGCCCUGAGAAACAGCUUCAGCAAAGCAAAGAAGCCCCCAGCUAGUGGAAGUGCAAGAAAAAACCCAACAAAGCGCACUCAAUGGCUACUUGAAAAACUCCAGUUUCUAACACCUCAUGUGGCAACUCGGGCUUCAAUUUCAAAUAUUGAU